GACCAAUAUGACACGUGGCAUGCACCCAUGUGACUCAUUCAAUUGCCACGUGGAUGUGGCCCCCACUUUCGGCCGCCAAAUCAAAACCCAUUCCUUCUGGUCCUCAAGCCUCCACUCCGUUUCUCGUUGUUCAUGGCAAGAAGUUAAUGUUUUCAUCAUAUUUCGCCAUUCCGGUGUCGUGGUGUAGUUGGUUAUCACGUCAGUCUAACACACUGAAGGUCUCCGAUGGUUGGGUUUGGGUUGAAGUGACGGCACGACAGGCUCAGCUCCCAAUGAGGGUGGGAUUCGGGCAGGGCGUUGACGAAUUGGCACAAAUCUGUAUGUCUUGCAAAAGUCGAGCAGUCGUGGUGGGACUCCGCUCCGUUGUCUGCACGGCACUUCAAACUUCAAGGGCUUUAUGUGUAGGGGCGUUCAUGUUCGUGCUUCUUAAACCUAUUGGUAUGUAGCACAACACAACUUGCCUCAGACAUGGCUUUCUGUCGGGUAAAGGGAAUGUUUAAAGGGCAACCCAUUGUUUAUGACUCGAAUCCUAUUGAAGUCAAUGCCACCGAAAGCAUGGUAAAAAAACCAACCCGGGGUAACCCCCUUAUAGUUUUGUGUAGAAACUAAAAAUGGUGUUCACCUUCUGGAAUACACACAAGUCAUAAAGAAAUUUGAUCAAUUAUU